AUGCAGUUCAACUUGACCAUCCUCUCAGUCGCCGUGUACGCCUCGGUUGUGUUGGCGUUGGCCAUUCCGGUAUCUCGUGAGGGUGCUGGCGCCCUUGCGACGAGGGCGACCGACGCCGGGCCCAGGAUUGGCAACGGUACCAGGAUUAUUUCUGGGAACACGACUGUUGGCGGCGGCAGCGGGAGCAUCAACGGAAACAACAGUGCGGGUGGCACGAAUAACGGCGUGAACGGCAAUAACGGGAACAACGAGAACAUGGGCAACAAUGGCGGCAACGUUGGGAUCAGUGGGAACAACGGAAAUGGUGUCGGCGGAAACAAUGGGGCGAACAGCAGCGGGAACAGCGGGAACAACCGCCGUUGA